AUGUCUAUGGAGGUCAAACGGGGAAGUCCCAAAUUGUUUUGGAACUUGGCAGCCCAUGCUCCCAGGUUGGCGCGUCUCUCUGGCCCGCUGGUGUUGCAGAACCUGUCUGGCUUCAUGCUAUCGGUCAUCUCCACCGCCUUUAUUGGCCACCUAAAUGACAAGGUCAAGCUGUCGGCUGCUGUAAUGGCCAGCUCCUUCUACAACAUAACGGGCUACAGCCUAGUCAUUGGGCUAUCGGCGGGCAUGGAGACGCUAUGCGGCCAGGCCUACGGUGCGGGGAAUUAUGCCAUGCUGGGUCUGGUGCUGCAGCGGGCCUUGCUCAUCUGCUGGGUGGCCUGCGUGCCCAUCUCGCUAUUCUGGACACAGGCGCACCGGCUGCUGCUGGUGCUGCACCAGGAGCCGGAGAUUGUAACGGGGGCCAGCAGCUGCAUGUACCGCUACCUGGUGACGCAGCAGGAGGUGCGGCCGCCCAUGAUCUGCACCAUCAUCACGGCGGCGCUGUGCCCCGCGUACAACUGGCUGCUCAUAUACAGGUUUGAGUUGGGUCUGGACGGCGCGGCCUGGGCUUUCCUGGCGUCGACGGCCACAUAUACCCUGCUGCUCAUAGCGUACACUGUUCUACGGGAAUGGCUGCAGUACAAGAACAACUCUCCGCGGCGAACCUGGGCAGGUUUCAGCUGGCGGGCAUUUUCGGACUGGGGGACGUACCUGCGCUUUGCUGCGCCUUCAGCCGCCAUGAUUUGCAUGGAAUGGUGUGCCGUUGCCAUGGCUGCUUGGUAUGCUGCAAACCUGCUGGGUGCUUAUUGGGUGCUGGGCUUAGCUAUGGGGCACUUUGCUAUGGGGCACUUAGCUAUUGGGCACUUAGCAAUUGGGCACUUAGCUAUUGGGCACUUAGCAAUUGGUCACUUAGCUAUUGGGCACUUAGCAAUUGGGCACUUAGCUAUUGGGCACUUAGUUAUUGGGCAAUUAGCUAUUGGGCACUUAGCCAUUGGCGAACACCGGCCGAACGGGCUUUCCCCAAAACACGCCAUGCGGACGUAUAUGAUUCCCAUGUCGCUGGGCACCGCCACGAACACUCGAGUGGCCAAUGCGCUGGGUGCGGGCUCCGCGGGGGCCGCGCGCACCGCCGCACGGGCCGCCCUGUCCGCCGCCGUGGUGUUGCAGCUGGUUCUGGCUGCAGGGCUGUUCGCGGGCCGGCACCUGGUGGCCCGGGUGUUCACCUUGGAGACCGAGAUCGUGUACAACGUUGGCCGCAUUAUGCCUGCUCUGGCUGCCAGCGCGGUGGGCGACGGGCUAGUGGCGGUGCUGGGCGGUGUGCUGCGUGGCGCGGGACGUCAGACCUGGGGUGCGGUGCUCAACCUGGUUGGGUACUGGCUGGUGGGCUGCCCGCUGGCGAUGCUGCUGGGCUUCACGGCCCACCUGGAUGUGGUGGGCUUUUGGUGCGGGCUGGCGGCUGCUACAUCCUUGCAGGCCAUCAUUUUGGCAGUAGUGGUCUCCCGGUUCAACUGGGACCUUGAGGUGGCGCGCGCAGCCAAACUUGUGUCAAGUCACGCCGCGAUAGCUGCACCGCAGCAGCAGCAGCAGCAACAACAACAACAACAACAACAGGCAGACGGCCGUCAGGUCUUUGCCACGGGCUUCAUUGCUACCGCUCAUUAUUGCGCUCGCCAAUGA